AUGGCGGAGAAUCACUGCGAGCCGCUGCCGCCGGCUCCGGGCGGCCUCGGGGCGGGGCUGGGGGCCGGCCUGUGCCGCCGCUGCAGCGCGGGGCUCGGUGCCCUGGCCCAGCGCCCCGGCGGCGUGUCCAAGUGGGUUCGGCUCAACGUCGGCGGCACCUACUUCCUCACCACCCGGCAGACGCUGUGCCGGGACCCGAAAUCCUUCCUGUACCGUCUGUGCCAGGCCGACCCCGACCUGGACUCGGACAAGGUUCUCAUGGCCCCGCUGUGUGCGCGUCUCCUCUGUGGCCCCGUGUACUUAGUGGCCCUGGAAUCGGAGAACCCUGGCCGCCUCCUCAUCUGCUCACAUUCCAGACGUUUAACUUCACAUCAUAAUGGAAACUGUUUCGGUUAUGACCUUUAUGAGACUUGUGUGGCUGAGGAAGAGCGGCUAGGGGUCUGUACGGAUUGA